AUAGACUGCAGACAUGGCACCCAAACCCAGCAGCAAACAGCAGUCAGAGGAGGAUCUUCUUCUGCAGGACUUCAGCAGGAACCUGUCGGCGAAAUCAACGGCGCUUUUCUACGGGAACGCGCUGAUCGUGUCCGCGAUCCCCAUCUGGUUGUUCUGGAGGAUCUGGCAUAUGGACCUGGUUCAGUCUGCAGUGCUGUAUGCAGUCAUGACUCUGGUCAGCACCUACCUGGUCGCCUUUGCUUACAAGAAUGUCAAAUUUGUUCUCAAGCACAAGGUCGCUCAGAAACGAGAAGAUGCUGUGUCAAAGGAAGUGACUCGCAAGCUUUCUGAGGCUGACAACCGCAAAAUGUCUCGCAAGGAGAAGGAUGAGAGGAUCCUGUGGAAGAAGAACGAGGUGGCGGAUUACGAGGCAACCACUUUCUCCAUCUUCUACAACAACACUCUGUUUCUGUUGCUCGUCAUCGUUGCCUCUUUCUUUCUGCUGAAGAACUUCAACCCAACAGUGAACUACAUUCUGUCCAUUAGUGCCUCUUCAGGUCUGAUCGCUCUGCUGUCCACAGGGUCCAAAUAAAAUACUGAAUGAAUCAUGAGAAACCAAGGAACAAACAAAUGAGAAGAUCAUGGGAUUGAGAGAGUCAGUGUGUUAAGACUUUUUGUUUUGUGGGAGGUAUCAUUUCAUCUGUUUAUGUUUCAUGAAAUUUAUGAUCAAUUAAGGCCUUUUUUUUGUUUUGUACCAAUAAAAGACUGUUUACUGA